AUGUCUGAUGGAAACGAUGAUAAUCCGGUGCAAACAAGCACCGAACAAAUGAAAGAAAUAAUUGCCGAAGAAGUAGGGAAGGCAAUGGAAGGUAGUCUAUCCGGGUUUAUAGACAAGAUUCAAAGCACGGUAUUGUCGCUUGUUGAAGAGCGAGUUAAAAGGUUGGAGGAUACUGUCAACCUUAUGAAAGACAAAACUGGAGAACGUAAAGGGUGCUCAUACAAAGAAUUCAUGGCGUGUAAACCGCCAAUCUAUAACGGGGAAGUCGACCCAAUAAUUUGCCAAAGAUGGUUGAGUGAUGUCGAAGGAGUGUUUGAACGAACCCACUGCGACGUGGGUGGCUUUGUUGCUUACGGAACUGGCCAAUUGAGAAAUCAAGCCAAGGAUUGGUGGGACAAUAAGAAGAAAGAGAUCGGAGCCGAAGCGGCAAGGGUUAUGACUUGGGAUGAGUUUAAGGUGCCGUUCCUUAAACACUAUAGCCCCAAGGCAGUUAUCAACAGGAUCAAAGAGGAAUUUAUCCAGUUAAGACAAAGGGGGGAAUCAAUUGACAAGAUCACGAGCAUCUUCAUGGAUAAGUUGAGGUUUUGUGACGAGUUAGUCACCACUGAAGAGCAGAAGAUAUAUUAUUAUUACAACAUGUUAAGUGCUGAAUAUAGGGAGUUUAUGACUCCUUCAAAAUACGAGACCCUUACCGAAAUCAUUAACGUUGCACGGGAACGGGAAAUUGAGUUGAAGAAGCAAGUCGAAAGAGGUGAGCGAAGGGCACAUGAUGUGAAUCCAAGCCCUACAAAGAAAGCCCGAACGGGAGAAUCGGGAAAGAAGGUGGAUACUAAGGGUGGGUCGCCAAGUUGUAAAGUGUGCGGGAAGGGGCACAAAGGGGAGUGUCGGUUCAAAGACAAGCCAUGCCCCAUAUGCAAUAAGACGGGGCACACGGCCUCGCUAUGCCCGGGAAAAGUCUCUGUUUGUUACAAAUGUUAUCAACCCGGCCACAAAAAGUCCGAAUGUCCGGACUUAGUUGGAAAGAGAGAUGUUAAAGAAUCUCCAACAGAAGCUCCCAAAGCGAAGGCGAGAUCCUUCUAA